AUGUCAAACGCCACCAACAAAUUUAUUGAUAAUUCCAUAACGACUACUAAAUAUACUUUCUACAACUUUUUAUUUAAGAAUUUAUAUGAACAAUUUCAUAGAUUUGCAAAUUGUUAUUUUUUAUUUAUGGCAGUUUUGCAAACUAUUCCAACAUUGUCACCAACAGGUCAAUUUACAGCAUUCUUUCCUUUAGCAUUUGUAUUGAUUUGUACAAUGAUUAAAGAUGCUUAUGAAGAUAUUAAAAGACUCUAUUCUGAUAGAGUUACAAAUAAUAGAAUUGCUCAUGUUUUGAGAGGUGACAAAUUUGAGGAUAUAUUUUGGAAAGAUGUAAAAACAGGUGAUAUUGUUAAAGUAGAUAAUAAGGAACCAUUUCCUUGUGAUUUAAUUCUUGUUUCUUCAAGUGAAUCACAAGGUUUAUGUUAUGUUGAAACUUCAAGUUUGGAUGGUGAAACUAAUUUAAAAAUUAAGAGAUGUCGUCAUGAAACUUUGGAACUUUCAACACCUGAAGCACUUGAUAAAACUAGAAUGAUUGUGGAAUGUGAAAAACCAAACAAUAGAUUAUAUAAAUUUGAAGGUACAAUGGUAUUGAGUAAUGGAAAGAAAUUAUCCAUUGAUACUGAACAAAUUUGUUUACGUGGAUCUUCAUUGAAAAAUACUGAUUUUAUGAUUGGUGUUGCAAUUUUCACUGGACACGAUACUAAAUUAAUGAUGAACACAAAAGAAACUCCACACAAAAUUAGUAAAAUUGAAAGAAUGAUUAACAAGUUAAUUUUACUAGUUUUAGUAGUUCAAAUCAUUUUAGUUUUGAGUUGUGAUAUUGCAUUGAUGGUUUGGACAAAUUUUAAUGCUGGAGCAUGGUAUUUAUUCCGUGAUGUUGUCAUUGAUUCUGAAUAUAUUGCAUGGAAUGGAUUUAAAGGAUAUUGGACAAUUCUCAUUCUACUUACAAAUUUAAUUCCAAUUUCACUUUACGUUUCAAUUGAAGCAGCUAAAUUAGUUCAAGGUAUUAUGAUUAGUCAAGAUUUAGCAAUGUAUCAUGAGGCUACAGAUACUCCUGCCCUUGUUAGAUCUUCAGCUUUAAAUGAAGAUUUGGGUCAAAUUAAUUACAUCUUUUCAGAUAAGACUGGUACUUUAACUGAAAAUAAGAUGGACUAUGAUAGACCUGAACAUGUUAAAAAUAAUCCAAAUUUCCAAUUCUUUGAUGAGAGAAUGAAUGAUGGAGCUUGGAUGAAUGAAGAAAAUGCUCAAGAUAUUCAAAAUUUCAUUACCUUGUUAGCAGUUUGUCAUACAGUUAUUCCUGAAAGAAGUCACAACAAACCAAAUGAAAUUAUUUAUCAAGCUUCUUCACCUGAUGAAGCAGCACUUGUUAAAGCAGCUAAAUAUUUAGGUAUUGAAUUUAUUAAUAGAACUACCAAUACAGUUACUAUUAAAAUAAUGGAAAAUGAAGCGAUAGAAUAUCAAGUAUUAGAUAUUAUUGAAUUUUCAAGUGAUAGAAAGAGACAAUCUGUCAUUGUUAGAGAUCCAGAAGGUAAAUUAUUAAUAAUGACCAAAGGAGCAGAUUCAAUGAUUUAUCCACUUUUAAAUGAAGAAUCUGUUGAAAAAUAUGGACCAAUUACAUUGGAACAUUUAGAUCAAUUUGGUAAUGAAGGUUUGAGAACAUUGUUAUGUGCUCAAGCUUAUCUCGAUGAAGAAGAAUAUCAACAAUGGCAUAGAGAAUAUGAAGAAGCUAAAACUUCACUUGAAAAUCGUCAAGUUAAAGUUGAAAUGGUUGGUUCUAAAAUUGAAAAGAAUUUACAAUUUGUUGGAGCUACAGCUAUUGAAGAUAAAUUACAACAAGGAGUUGGAGAUACAAUUUAUGAAUUAAGAAGAGCAGGUAUUAAUAUUUGGGUAUUGACUGGUGACAAAUUAGAAACUGCUAUUAACAUUGGUUUUGCAUGUGAUUUAUUAAAUUCUGGAAUGACACUUUUAAUAGUUGAAGGAAAUACAAUUGAAGAAUUGAAAACUUUCCUUGAAAAGAGUUUAUCAACAUGUGAAGGUAUUUCUUCAUCAGAUGCAUUGGGUCUUGUUGUUGAAGGUGACAAAUUAUUAACCAUUUUAGAAGGUGAACAUAAUAAUCCACUCAAUCCAGCUAAUACUGGAAAUACUUUGAGAAAUUUAUUCUUAAAUUUGAGUGUCAAGUGUAAAUCGGUUAUUUGUUGUAGAGUUUCACCUAAACAAAAAUCAGAUGUAGUUUUAUUAAUUAAGAAUAAUGUUGAUAGUAUUACUUUAGCUAUUGGAGAUGGUAGUAAUGAUGUGAGUAUGAUUCAAAGUGCUCAUGUUGGUAUUGGUAUUUCAGGACAAGAAGGAUUACAAGCAGUGAAUGCAUCAGAUUAUGCAAUUGGUCAAUUUAGAUUUCUCAAACGUUUAUUACUUGUUCAUGGUAGAUGGAGUUAUAGAAGAGUUUCAAAAUUAGUUCUCUAUUGUUUCUAUAAGAAUAGUCUUUUAUAUUUAACACAAUUGUGGUAUAUUUUCUCAAAUGGUUAUUCAGGUGCAACUGUUCAUGAUAAGUGGACUAUUGCUCUUUACAAUUUAAUAUUCUCUGGUUUACCAAUUAUUGUAUUAGCUGUUAUGGAUAGAGAUGUAUCAGCUGAUGUUGCUGAAAAAUUCCCAGAACUUUAUUAUCAAGGUCAAAAGAAUAGAUUUUUCAAUGCUAAAGUAUUUAUAUCAUGGGUUGUUAAUUCAUUAUUCCAUUCACUUGUUUGUUUCUUUGUUCCAUAUUAUUGUUUGGUUGAUAGCAAAUUCCUUGAUGGACAUGAUAUUGAUCCAGAAACUAUUGGUAUUGUCAUUUAUUCAUGUGUACUUGUUGUAAUUUCACUUAAAUUAUGUAUUGAAACAUCAUCUUGGACAUGGGUUAAUGUUUUAAUUUAUACUGGAAGUUUAUUAUCAUGGCCUGCAUUUAUAUUUGUUUAUGGAAGUAUUUAUUACAUAUUUGGAUAUCCAUAUCCAGUUAUAUCUGAAUUUUAUGGAAUUACAGAAAGAUGGAGAAUAUUCCUAACACCACAAUUUUACAUGAUUGUUUUAUUAGUAACAUUUAUGUGUUGUAUUAGAGAUAUAUUCUGGAAAGGAUUUGUUAGAAUGCGUUCAAGAAAUGCCUAUUACCAAAUUCAAGGAAGAAAGAAAUCAAAGAAAUCAAGACAAGAAAUUUUGGAAAAUUUCCCAUUCGAAGAAGGUUUACCUGUCAAGAUGAAGAAAAAGAAAAAGUUCAAUGUCGUAGAAUUACAAGAAAUUAAGAAGGUAUUCGAAACUGCUGUUACAAGUGUUGCUAAAUUUAAUUAUCGUGGAUUUGCAUUCUCACAAACUGAACAACAAGGUGAUUUCUUAAAACAAUAUUAUAAUGGUACAAGUAGUACAAAUAAUAAUAAUAAUGGAAAUAAUAAUAAUACUAAUAAUACAAAUAAUACAAAUACUACGACCACUAGUAAUACAGGAAUGAAUACGCUGCCUAAUAGUGCAAAUGAUAAUGUUAUUAUCAAUAUCUCUAAUGAUGAUAUAAUUAAAUCAAAAGAAGAAUAA